UGUGUGUGUGUGCGCGCGCGCUCGCGUGUCUCUGUCUGUCUGUCUGUCUGUGUUCGGUUAGGAAGAUGAAGGAACUGCCAUCUGCAGAUAUGGUAUCGUAUGUCUUGGGUGCAUUUACUGGAAGUUACAGUCCGAGCUCAAUGACUCAACAUUACUCCGCCUACGUCGUUUCCGUAGAAGUGCAACAUACAGACUGGUGGUGGCGUCUUACUUUUAUUUUCUCUUUCUACUUCUCUUGCCAAACCCGUGCAUAUCUCAAACAUUUGUCAUCCGGUUAAAACACGUGUGCUCUCACGUAGUAUACUGAGCAUUUGUGCUUAAUAUUUAGGGAGUCCAGACGCAGGACAAUAGGAGCGGUAGGUCACUCACCAAGGAGACACUGUUGACUCGGCAUGAACUUGAUUGUGAUGACAGGAAAUAACACACAGUCCUGGCACAGUGCGCGUUAACAGGGAAGUGAAGGAGGCCUUACCCACUCUCUGCUGCUGCUCUUCACAGUUCCCACUGAAAGGUUUCCUGCUCCAAACUACACACACAAAACGUGGUGUUCCCCGGUCAAACCGCGGUUGUUGUCCUUCCUCAGACUGACGGAAUAAUUUUUCCAGUAAGUGAUGGAGGAGGAGAAAGUUCACUAAGACUGGGCCUGUGGCGCACAGCUCACGAGCAGAAGAGGAAGAAGAGACGAGCCAACGGCGCUGAUCAAUGUUUUGAAUCCUCCAUUUGUCUGAAGUCCUGUUUGAUCAUGACUCAGUGGCAGCACAUGUCCCACAUAAUCCAGAUGAGCCUGUCGGAUGAGGCCGUCAACAACCUGUAUCCUCAGAACGCCUUCCCCAUCGAAGUCAGACAUUUCUUAGCUGAAUGGAUCGAGAACCAAAGAUGGGAGAACUUUGCGUUAGAAAACAUGGAGGGAGAGAGCCAGGCACGGGUCCUGUUGGACCAGACUAUCAGUCAGCUGCAGUCAAUUUCCAAAGAAAAUCCUAACGUGGUGGUGAGGAUGAAGCUGAAGCAGAUCAGCAAGGUCAUGGCUGGGUUUCAGCGGGAGCCUCUACAGUUUGCAGUGUUAGUCCGGGACAUACUCAGGAGGGAGAGGAGCCUUAUCAACACACCUCAGCAGAUGUCCAGCCCUCAGCAGUAUCCAUCGCAGUUUGAGACCAGAGAGUCUUCUUUCCCCAACACGCAGGACGUAGACCACCUGGUUUUGAAAGUACUGGAGGUCCAAGACAUCCGGCAAAAUAUGCACCAAAUACAGGAAGAACUCAACUGGGACAGACAGAACUUUGAGAGUUUACAAGGACAAAUUCAACAGAAUGGACUGGAUCCCAGUCAACCAGAAAUCCAGAAACUCCAAAACCACAUCCAGCAGCUGGAAUACAACUUGAAUACAGGAUCUAUGAAACGUUUACAGCUGCUGCAGGAAUGUGUGGACUGCUUGGACCAGUGUCAGGUCAGACUGAUCAACAGGCUGAAGGCCUGGCAGUGGGAGCAACACAAGGCCACCAUUGGACACCCUUUUGACGAAAACCUCCACCCGCUGCAGACUUGGUGUGAGCAGCUGCUUGGAGUGAAUGGAAAACUAAGACAAGAGCUAAUGUUGAUGCCAAAACCAGUCCCAGAGCUUCUGGAACAGCUUGGCCAGCUUCUGCAGGUUCUGAUCCAGGGGUCUCUUGUCGUGGAGAAGCAGCCGCCUCAGGUCAUUAAAACCCAGUCAAAGUUCUCCACCACUGUGCGAUAUCUGCUGGGGGAGAAAGUUGCUCCAGGGAAACCCGUGGUGCUGAAGGCGCAGAUCAUUAAUGAACUACAGGCCAGGAACCUGGGCAAUGUACCUGGUGAUAAUGUCGGGGAACUUAUCAACAACACAGCCAUUCUGGAGCACAACUCUGGCACCAAGAGCACAUGUGCCACCUUCAGGAAUAUGUCCAUCAAGAAGAUCAAAAGAGCAGACAGGAAGGGAUCGGAGUCUGUGACGGAGGAGAAGUUUGCUCUUCUGUUCUCUGCAGAGAUCACCAUCACUGGCUGUGACACCCCCUACAGGAUACAGAGGAUCUCACUGCCGUUGGUUGUAAUUGUCCAUGGAAGUCAAGACAACAACGCCCUGGCCACCAUCAUAUGGGACUGUGCUUUUUCUGAACCUGACAGAGUGCCCUUCUUCGUACCAGAACGUGUUCCCUGGACCAUGAUGUACAACACUCUCAACAGCAAAUUCACCUCUGAGGUUCAGACACAACACAACCUGGACAAAUUCAACCAGCAUUUCUUGGCCCAGAAGAUAUUCGACAAGUCUGACUUUGCCGAUGACUACAGCAACAUGCUGGUUUCCUGGUCCCAGUUUAAUAAGGAGGUUCUGCCAGGUCGAUCUUUCACUUUCUGGCAGUGGUUUGAGGGAGUAAUGGACCUGACUAAGAAACACCUGAAAACCUACUGGAGUGCAGGGCUGAUAUUCGGUUUCAUUGGAAAGCAGCAUCUACAUCUGAUUCUUCAGGACCGGCCUAAUGGGACCUUCUUACUGCGCUUCAGUGACUCAGAGAUUGGAGGCAUCACUAUUGCUUAUGUUUCUGCUUCUGAGAACGGCGGUCAGAAAAUACAGAACAUCCAGCCAUUCACCAAGAGAGAUCUGGAGAUCCGUAGCCUCGGGGAUCGCAUACGUGACAUCAGUCACAUAACUCACUUGUAUCCUGACCUUCCCAAGCAGGAAAUCUUCAAAAAGUUCUACUCAGAACCUCAGGUGGCUCCCGGCGGUGGUUAUAUCCCAGUGUCACUGCUCACUAAAGUAGGAACGGAGUCGGGAUCAGCCACACCCCCGUUACCAGUGCAGACACCUGUGGCUAAUAAUCUCCACAGUCCUUUAACCUUUCCUGGGCCACAGUUUCAGCCGACAUACAGUACACAGAACUCCCUGACUCACAGCAUGAUGGAGACCGCAGCCAGUCCUGACGAUUUCAGGCCUGUGGCAAACAACAGCAUGGACUUUGAAUUCGAAACUAUUCUUCAAACACUGGAUGAAUAUGAGGACAACACCCUUCAAAGCUGAACUGAGAGUACAGACCUGAGAGUCCAACUCAUCUUCACGGUCAAUUGACACAUUUUCUUGUGCAACAGCAGAGUUGUUUGGGCUUGGGAAAGAACUUUUUGAGGAGAAAUAUAAGUGGACUAAACAGGUGGGGAAGUGUCGAAGUGUCAGCUGUCCCUACUUUAUUAUUGCAUUCACUUAUUUUGCUAAUUGUCUAGUGUUGGUGUUGAGGGGUUUGUACAUUUUGCUGGAGAAGCAAGUGAAUGGCUGUGUAUAUAUAUAAGUGUUCUUGUUUUUUCUGAUUGUUUUCAAAUGUAAUGCUCAGUGGGUGGAAAAUGUGAAAAGACCACAGCUCACAGUUAUCAGUGGACUCCCGCAGAUGAUCUCUGAUGCUGUGAAAUGUUGCUGCGCUUUCCAUGUUCAGCUUUGUCAGGUAGAGUUUUCUCACCUCGUUCCACUCCAGUGGUAAAUAGUGGGUCAGUCAGUUUGUCUCUGUCUUCAGUAUAUACAGUAAAGCCUCUGAUGAUGUAUGUUAUACACUGCCUUCACAGUAAUUACCAGUAUGCAUGGUUAAUUGGUGGGUUGAGAGCCAGGCCUUUACAGUGGAAUCAGUGGCAGCAGCUAGGACUGGUGACCUUUAUAAUAUCAUUUAGCCUCAGCUUUAGCCUUCAGCUUUUUAGGUUUUUCAAUUUGUACAAGCUAAUGUUUGGUAUCAUUCAUUGCUCACGUUUUUAUCAAACUGAUUAAAAAAAAGUAGAAGCUAAUAACCAAAGACUACGUCUUUUUGUCUGUACUGUGGGAAAUAAGUCGUUCUAUUUUUCCGUCUAAAUCACAGUGAAUCUUAAUAAGAAUUUUAACUCUUAUAUUUGAAAGACCUAAGAUAGAAAGAUGGAGUGACACUGAAGAGGCCAUGCAUGGAACAGUUGGAAUAACUGGAUAACUAGCAGGUUAACCUGUACAGUACCAGGGUAGAUCAGGGUUGAAAACUGCAGCAGUAAAUCAGAUAUUGUUCGUUAUUCUGUGCUGAGCUGUUUCAGGUUAUUCUCUGUUGAAUUCUGUUUUUUGGAGAAUUAUUGCAAUUUUUUUUCAUAAUAAUGCUGUUUAUAUAUUAUGGCAGUCAAUCCAGCAGAUUAAAUAAA